AUGAAUCAUGUGAAAACGUUGGGCGCCAAUAAGCCAUUUCAAAAAAUUACCGUGCACAAUGUGCUGAGCGAAAGUGGCGCCAAUGCAUUGCAGCAGCACAUCAGCAAUCAGAAUACCAUAAUACGCAAGAUCAAGGAUUUUGGCAUGCUUGGUGCCGUGCACAAUGCGGCGGCAACAGCAGCAACAGCGGCAACAACAACCGCAACAACAGCAAUGCAACGCAAACGUGCCUUGUGUGAAGCCAAACAACCAACGACAACAACAGCAGCAACAACAGCAACAGCAACUAAAACGCCAACAACUGCAAAACGUUUGAAAUUGAGCAAGAAAAAUCCGGAGAAAUUAAGUUUACGUGAGCAGGAAAAACUGGAGUUGUUGCAACGUCCGGCGGGUACACCCGGCCGCAAGGGCUUGCCACUGCCCCAGGCGGUGGCACGUCGCAAUGCCCGCGAACGGAAUCGGGUAAAGCAGGUGAACAAUGGAUUUGCUGCAUUGCGGGAACGCAUUCCAGAGGAGGUAUCCGAGGCGUUUGAGGCACAGGGAGCGGGACGCGGUGCCAGCAAGAAGCUGUCCAAGGUGGAAACUCUCAGAAUGGCCGUCGAGUAUAUACGCAGCUUGGAGAAAUUGCUGGGCUUUGAUUUUCCGCCCUUGGGUGGCAGCAGCAAUUCAAAUAGUUCAUCGAGCGGCGAUGAUAGCUUCAUGUUCAUCAAGGAUGAGUUCGAUCAGCUGGAUGAGCAGUUCGAUGAUUCGCUGAGCAAUUAUGAGCUGGAGGAGCCGCUGCAGCAGCAACAAUUGCCCAUGCAGGAGCAACAGGAGCAGCAAUUGCUGCCGUGCGUAACAAUAUUGAAUGGCUUGCAAUAUGUGCGCAUACCGGGUACAAGCACCUAUCAGCUGCUUACGCCGGAUAUGCUGGCCACGCAGGAUAGCUCCAGUUUGGAUGAGGAGCAUUUUAAUGCAUUAAUUGACACAAAUUGCCUGAGCAGCAGCAACAGCAACAACAACAACAACAAUAAUAAUGUUGCAGCUGCGGCAGCUGCCGCAAGCAACGGUGAAUGUGUAAAAUUUGCCUCGGCUCAACAACAACAGCAGCAACUCUCGCUCUGCUCUCCUGUUUUACCCGCUUUCUAUGACCAGGAACCAGCUGCCUCCUUCUAUGACAAUGUUGUUGUCGGCUUGCCCAGCUUCAAAAAGGAGUUCACCGAUGUCCUGCAAGAUCAAUCCAACAACACAGCCGGCGGUUGUCUAUCCGAUGAGAGCAUGAUCGAUGCCAUUGAUUGGUGGGAGGCGCAUACACCCAAAUCAGAUGCCGGCACAGUGGCAGGCAUUUAAAUAGCAACACUUUCGAGCUGCCACGCCCUCACCCCGCCAACGCCUCCGCCUGUACAUAGCAUAGUCAACGUAGUGAUAAACCGAAACCAAAACGAUAUCCCAAAUUGCAUAUAACAAACUUGAGCCUCAAAAAACAAUUAAAAAACACUAUGUUAACUUUU